AUGGCUGCGCCAACCGACUCCGGAGAGCUAGGCCUCUCCAUCCUGGGUCUUGGUACACAGUACCCUCCCCACGCGCUCGAAGCCAGUGCGGUCGACGUCUUGAGCAAACGCUUUUACCCAGACUCGCCCGCCAUGCAAAAAGUCCUGUCCAUCAACCGGUACACAGGCAUCGACCAGCGCUCCUCGAUAGGCACGCCAGAUCACCCUUUGGUGAACCGGCCCGACCCGCCCACCAUCGCCGAGCUCCACAAGACCUUCAUGUCAGAUGGCGUUCCGCUGGCCGUCAGCGCCGCGCGGAAAGCCCUAGCUGAGGCCCAGGUCGAUCCCGCCCAGGUGACCCACAUGGUAUCGACGACAUGCACCAACUCUGCCAACCCCGGAUACGACCACUUCGUCGCAAAGGAGCUCGGCCUGAGCCAGACUGUCGAGAAGGUGCUGCUCCACGGGGUAGGCUGCAGCGGGGGUCUGGCGGCGCUGCGCACCGCCGCGAACCUCUGCCUGGGCCACACGCAGCGGCGCAAGCCGGCGCGCAUCCUGUGUGUCGCGCUCGAAAUCAGCACAACUUUGGUCCGCAGCGAACUCGAGAGCAUCCACGAGUCCCAAGAGACCCGCAUCGGCGUGGUCCUCUUCAGUGACUGCGCCAGCGCCGUCCUUCUCACGAACAACAUCCCCUUCACCUCGACCCAACAACAACAUCCGGUCCCCGCAUCUCCCCCGCCCCCGAUCUACACGCUCCUGACCUGGACGCACCAGACCAUCCCGGAGACGGAACCGGACCUGGGCUUCGACGUCGACCCGCUCGGGUGGAAGGUGGUGCUGUCGCCGCGGGUGCCGCAGUUGACGCAGUCGGUCCUGCAGCCGUCCUUCAGCACCCUCCUCGACUCGUUACCCCCAGACUCCUCGCCCCCCACGGCCUUGCCAUCGUCGUACACGCGCCCCGCACAUUUCGACUGGGCCAUGCACCCCGGCGGCGCCACCAUCCUGACCAAGGCCGAGCAGGCGCUCGGUAUCACCCCGCAGCACAUGCGCGCCAGCUACGACACGUACGUCCGCCACGGCAACAGCAGCUCCGCCACCAUCUUCAGCGUGCUCGACCGCCUGCGGCACAAGGACAUGGACGCGCUCGCGCCUACUGCGUACGGGGAUGAGGAUGCGGAUGAGGGAGGUGGACCCAGGGAGUACGUAAUCGGGUGCGCGUUUGGGCCAGGGAUUACGGUCGAGAUGUGUCUCUUGAGGAGAAAUCUGUCUGCUUCUUCUUCCACAAGGAGGGUACUGGGCAUGGAGACGCCGCCUGAGACGGAGAGCGAGGUUAGUGGUGGGGAGGGCAGCGUGGGUGGUGAGGACGGUGAUGGGGACGGGUUCAGCGAGCCUGGAUUAGAGGAGGAGGUUGGAGGAGAGGGGAGCAAGGAGUCUGAAUCUGCUUAUAGCAAAGGCGGUGAAGACACUGGUAAAAUCGGGACAUUGGGGUUCAAGAGAGAGGCAGAGCAAGAAGCGUUCAUAAUGGAGGCGCUUGAAGGGGUCGAGUUGGAUUGA